GGAUAAGUGCUUGUGCGCGUCGCGCUUUCCGCGCUUUCGCAAUUCGCAGUUCGCUGGAAAUUUGAAAUUGCGCGUGGCGUACACCAUUAUCGCACCAAACGGCAAACACAGAGAGAAUAUAAUGUGAGUGCGCCUGGAACGUUUUCCACGUUCCCACAGUCUCGCCGUCUUCAUUCAUCUCCUUCCACGCUAACGCCAACACAAAUGUGUCCAUGAUUUAAAAACUCCCAACGUGAUCAUCCACAGGCCGUGAGGUGGUCGAUGAGAAACUACAUCUACUUAAAAUGGUGAACGUCUUCACCGGGCGCUUUCCGAUAGCGCUUUUAUUCGUUCAGGUUGCUGCUUUGUCGAUGAUUGCUUCUCCUCCUGCCUGUCCACCUGAAUGCAUUUGUUUAUCACAAACACAGGUGCUGUGCAACUCGGGCGGAUUGUCGGAGAUACCCGUAAAGCUGCUGCCCGCGACAGUGGAGCACUUGUCGCUGACGCGCAACAACUUCCCACUGAUACGCAGCGACGCCUUCGCCGGGCUGAAAGCACUGAAGAAGCUCUCGUUGGACGGCAACAACAUAUCGAUCAUCAAGCCGUUCGCCUUCCGUGGGCUUCCACGCCUUCGCGAGAUUUCCAUCCAGCAGACGCCGCUCACCUCCGUCGCUCAAUUCUCCUUCGCCGGUCUGCAAAACAUCACUUCCAUCUACUUAAGUCACAAUCGCAUCAAGAAAGUGGAGUGUUACGCGUUCGCGGGUACAACCAAUCUGAAACUGUUAGUGCUCACCAACAAUCCGUUAAUCAAACUGGAAGCGAAUGCAUUCAGUGGACUAUCAACUGUAGAACGCAUUUCACUACCCUCUGGUAUAAGAAUCAUCGAAGCGGAUGCCUUCAACGGUCUAGAUACCAUCGGGUAUCUCAAGUUGGCGUAUAUGGACCUUCCCGGUGUGAAAAACGGUACCUUUCGAGGUUUGUCCCAAAUUGGGACAUUAUCCAUACAAGAAUCUGACCUGGGUGUCAUCCGCCCGGGUGGAUUUGAUGGGGUGUCGUAUAUAGGUAACCUCAACUUUUUGAAUAACAAAAUCGAUGGGAUACAAGAACUGAUUUUCAUGCCUGAUCAACGCAUACGCAACUUAAAGUUUCAAGGGAAUCAUAUCCUUGACAUUCCGAAAACGGAUGCGAUUUAUUUCGCUGUCGCCCGGCUGACGGUGAUAGGUAAUCAUUUCCCAUGCGAUUGCCAUAUUCACACACUCCUCGAAGGUCCGUUGACGAACGACAGCGCGUACGAGUUCACCAAUCGUAAUUACUGCAUCUCGCCGAUGGAGUACAACGGGCGGCCGAUGAGCGAGCUGGAUUUUGACUCAAUCGGACGCUGUCAGGAGGAAGUCACCAGGGGUAACUUAGAAUCAAAGGAUGUUUCAUCCAGCAGUGGGAUUCAACAUCGCGGUUCAAAAUUCACACUGCAUCCAUUACUUUCCGCCGUGAUGGUAUGUUUAAUGAAUUCAGCAAUGGUUCAUGGUUUUAUGGCGAAAACAGCCGACGCGACUUGAAACAACG